CAAGGAAGCAUGUUAGCAGCGUCAAUGUGAACGAAUCAGUGUGGAUUUGUCUAAUUUUGCGUAAAGUUUAUCAUUAUAUUGCACUUUUGCACUUUUAUGAAGCAUGGCUUGUUUCUUCAGAAGAAGAAUUGCAGCGAAGCUGGGCAGGACGCUGCAGCAGUCUGAGGAUGCCUUCAUACCAGCUUUGUCAGCAGUUCCAGUUUUUAAGAAACAGAAGACUGCUGACUUCAAACUGUCAGUCAGCACGUUACGAACCAGCGGGAUGUUGCCGUCCAGUGGGGACAUUCAGCUACAGGCAGAAGACCUAGCCUCUCAGUUGAAGCAGGACAGUGUGGUGGAAGACAUGUUUGUUGAUCGUGGAAUGAUCAACUUUACAGUUAAUCGCAAGCUUCUUGUACAGAAAAUGCUGGAGCCAUUUGGAAAGCAGGAGGAUGAGAAAUUUGGGCUAAACAGUGAACUUUUUAAUACACUCAAGAAAGGAACAACAUUAGUAGAAUACAGCUCUCCAAACAUCGCCAAAAAAUUCCAUGCUGGACACUUACGGUCUACAAUUAUUGGUAACUUCAUUGCCAACCUCAAGCAGUCCCUCGGAAACAACGUUAUUCGAAUGAACUACCUUGGAGACUGGGGUUUGCAGUUUGGUUUGCUUGGAGCUGGGUUUGACCAGUUUGGAUGUCAGGAGAAAUUAAAACAGAAUCCCUUACAGCAUUUGUUUGAGGUGUAUGUUCAAGUGAACAAGGAAGCAGAGCACAAUGAGGAUAUGAAGCAGGCUGCCAGAGACUUCUUUAGACAGCUGGAGCAGCAUGAGAGCCAGGCUGUGUCGUUAUGGCAACAGUUCAGAGAGAUCACAGUGAAUGAGUAUCAGCACAUUUACAAGCGGUUAGGGGUCCACUUUGAUAUUUACUCCGGGGAGUCCUAUCACCAAGAUCAAGCCCAGAAAGUGGUGCAGCAGCUGCAGAGCCAAGGCCUGUUGAAAACCUCUGAGAAGGGAACUGGUGUAGUGGAUCUUUCCCCCGAUGGAGACAUGAGCAGCGUCUGUACAAUACUCCGCAGCGACGGCACAACGUUGUACAUCACCAGAGAUCUUGCUGCAGCCGUUGACCGAAAACAGAAGUACCACUUUGAUGAGAUGAUUUAUGUGACAGAUAAAAGUCAGGCGAAUCACUUCCAGCAGUUGUUCCACAUCCUCCUUGCUAUGGGACAUUCUUGGGCUGACAGGUGUCAACAUGUGACCUUCGGUCUGGUGCAGGGCAUGAAGACCCGGACGGGUGAGGUGGUGUUUCUGGAGGACGUGCUGGACGAAGCUCGGGCCAGGAUGUUGGAAAACAUGAGCCAAUCAAAAACAACAAAGGAAAUAGACAACCCAGAGGACACAGCAGAGAAAGUGGGAAUCAGUGCACUAAUAGUUCAGGACUUCAAAGGUCCUCUGCUGUCGGACUAUAAGUUCGACUGGGACAGGAUGCUGCAGGCUCAGGGAGACACAGGCGUCUUCCUCCAGUACACACAUGCUCGACUCUGCAGUUUAAUACGGAGGAAUGAGGGCAUAGAGGCAGCGGCGUUCGAUCCGUCCCUUCUACUUGAGCAGACAAGCAUCUCGAUCCUGCAGCACCUCCUUCGAUAUGAUGAGGUUUUAUACCAGUCCGCCCAGGAUCUGCAACCCAAACACCUAGUCAACUUUUUACUGAAGCUAUGCCACCUGAUCGCCUCAGCACACAGAGAGUUGCCGGUGAAAGGAAGCCCACAGGAUGUUGCGCAGGCAAGAUUACGGCUGUUCAGCAGAUCCUGCUCAGUCCUGGCCAACGGGAUGAGGAUCCUCGGCAUCAUACCGGUAGAUAAAAUGUGAAACUCACCAAAGUUUGGAACCACUUAAUCAGUGUUACAAAUAUGGCUAUAGUUAAUUUGUACUGUAAAUAAGGAGCCUUUCAAAAAAAUUAAAUUAUCUUCCUUCAUUGAACUCCCACAGAAGCAUUUGCUUUUCCUGCUGUUGUCUCAGUUAUUUUCCACAUACACAGAUUGUGAUCAGAUGUCCAUCAAAACAAGUUCAGUGAGUCAUUUGGUUUGUGUGUUGGCAUGGACAUGACACGCACAAACAUGUAAAACCAGACCUGAGUAGCAUAACUCAACUCUUGUUAUAGUCACGCUUGAUGUACUGUUGUGUACAGUCUAAAUGCUAGUGGGCAGUUUGAUGAAAGUGAUAAUUGAAUGAACAUUAAAUGUAUUCAGAUCCUCUACUCAAGUAAAGUUGCGUAUUCAACAUUUUACGUAGGUUAAAAGUACAUAUAUUAGAAUAAACAUAUAUUAAAAGUACAUAAAGUAAGAGUACUCAUAAUAAAAAUAAUGUAUAUUAAUGGAUUAUAAUGAUUGUUGAAUUAGUAUGUACAUUAAUGUUGCAGCUAGAAAAAGUGGGGCUAAUUUUUAUUAUUUUAUAUGCAGUAAAUUUUACAUACUACCCAUGAUAAUAUAUCUGAAGUUAAAUUUUGCAUUAUUCAAUCUGCAAAGUAAUUUAUAAAAUUAUAAAUAUAUAAAAUUAGGCUGGAAAUGGCAGUAAGUAAAGCACAAGCACCUCAAAACGUUACUUCAGUAAAGCACUCGUAAAUGCAAACGUGCUCAGUUACUUUCCUUCCAUUUAAUCCAUUUCCCGAAAACACAGUCGCAGUUUGAGGGUGAGGUCUAUGGAACCAUCAGUCGAAAGCACAUUGGUAGAAUUGCGUGUAUUCUGAAGCAAAAUUCAGAAAUUCUGUCACGUUAAACACAUGUCCGUUCAGUUUUAAUAAUAGCUUUAAAAUCCAAAGCAAAAUGCUUCACAGAUACGAUACAAAAGGUACAAGAUGCUCAAGAGAUAACAUAAACAUACUCACACGUGCCAUCUGUCAUCUUCCUUCUUUCAAGUAUGCUUUCCUGUGAUUUGGGCACUUUCAGAAUCAGCACUGUGUGACAUAGACAUAAAACACUCAUACUGUACUGUUUAAAACACACUAAUUACUAAUUGAACAAAAAAUAAAACACCCCCCAUUAAAAACAUUAAGAUUUCUUCAAAAUGUCUGGAAAUUCAUAGUAUUGUCAGCAGUCCCAUGUGGGUGAAAGUGGACUGGAUUACAUUAAAGUGGAACAAAAGCUGUCAUCUUUGUGAUGAACUAAACACAGCCACCCAAACUGAGUGUUCCUUUAAAAAAAAAAAAAGAA